GUUGCCAUAACUACAAGCUAAUCAACACACGCGUGUAGCAAUGGCGACCGACGAUAAACGUGCUGCGUGUGAAGUAUUAGAAUCUCUUGCGCGAGAUUUGAAUUGUUUGAAUGAAGAGGAAAAAAACACACGGAAAAGUGCUUUGGAGUCGAUCAAAAGGAAAACAAUCAACAAGGGUUUACAAAGUGCUGUGCUACAAGAAGUGUUUGCAUGUUUGCAGAAGUCGCUUCUGAAAUGUCUGUCGGAUCCAAUGGAGAGAUGCAGGGAGCUCGCUAUUCAGAUAUUUGGAGAUUUUGUAAGAUGCGUACCCAAACCAGAGGAUUCACUUCCUUAUUUAAUACCAGCAUUAGCCCAACGAUUGGGAGAAAACAAGAUACUAGAACCAACAGAGGAAUUACGACUGUCCAUGGUGGAACUGCUUGCGCUUACUUUGGAGGUUUGCGGAGGAAACUUUGCGCCAUACCUGGAUGAUAUUAUAAAAAUCCUCAAGAACACGAUAACUGAUCCCUUUCCCGAGGUUAAAAGGGAAAGUUGUAAACUCACAAUAAAUUGUGCUCGGUGUGUAACAGGUCAAUUCCACAUGCAAGCAGAGUGCCUGAUAAAGCCCCUGAUGCAAACUAUUUCCCACCAUCAUUCACGGGUGCGAGUAGCUGCUAUUGAGGCUGUUGGUGCUGUAAUAUUAUAUGGCCCAGUCAAAAACAUGGAUGAUGUGCUCUCUCACCUCGCACAGAGACUAUUUGAUGACUCACCACAGGUGAGGAAAACUGUGACUUUGGUGGUUGGGGACUGGCUUCUCAACUUACGGGACAGAUACUCCUAUUUCCAUAAGCUCAUUCCACUGCUGUUGAGCAGCCUUAGUGAUGACCUUCCAGAGAUAAAGACAUUGGCUUGGAAACUGUGGAGACAAGUUGGCACUCAGUGGGAAAUAGAAAAUAAAGAUGAUCUAAAGGACAAAAUAGACUUUCAUCUGCCAUCUCCUUUAGUGUACCAGUCUGUAGAGGAGCAGCCAGGACGGGGUUGCAAGGAGCUGGUGGUGAGGAACUUGGCAAAGCUGAUGUCAGCUGUGAGCCGUGAUGCUAGCGACUGGCUGGUGCAGACACGAGUAAAAACAAUUCGGCUACUACGGAUUAUUUUGCUCCAUGCUGAAGACCACUGCACACAGCACUUGCAGCCGUUACUUGCCAUUCUGUAUCUUGCCUGUGCAGACUCAGAUCAAGAUGUCAUAGGAAAUGGUUUGGAGUCCGCCAGACUCCUGGGGGUGUUUGUAAGCCCAGAGGUCUUUCUCAAGCUCCUCCUACCUCAUGUGGAAAACUCUUCUCUUUGCUCUUCAUCUCCUUGGGCUCCUCUUAUGGUACUAGCAGCUGUGCUGAAAGGGAGCAGCAGGAAGGCACUGUGCCCACACCUCUUGCAGAUUGGAGAAACACUCGGCAAUCCGGAUGUUUGCCAGGAGUCUCAACAGAUCAUGUAUCUAGAGCAGAUGCUGGCUUGUGUGGAGGCUGUUUUGGAGGUUUGUGACGAAGACUGUUACAUCAUCAGUUUCCCAUUGCUGAAGAUUUUAGUGAUUGUGCAGAGUCUAUCCACAGAGCACCAGCUCUGCAACAAGGCAAAGGAGUGUUUGAUGCAUUUGUGUCGGGUGCUGAGUCUCAAUAACGUGUUUGAGCUGUACCAACAACACAUGGUUCGUCUGCUGCAUUGGUUGUCGGAAUCCCACCAUUCCUGGUCCACAUAUUCUACACAGAAAACUCAACUGGAAGUCAUUGCCCUUCAGUCUGGGCCUGUGCUUGGUGAGUUUGUCCCAGAGUUCUUGUCACUAUUACAGAAAUUUUUAAAGUCCAGCCAGGAUCCAGAAAUGCGGCUGCACAUUUUUACCAUGCUUUCCAAGCUGCUCCUGAAAUCCAGAAAUACACUAAACUCAACAGGGAAAUUCUGUGAGCAUCUAAAUGUAUUUCUACAGGAAUUAAUUUUGCCCAAUCUAGUGUGGCAUGCAGGGCGUGCUGCUGCUGCAGUCCGAACGUCUGCCCUCAGCUGCGUGCUAGCAAUGCUGCAGGGUGAUAUCUCAAAAGUUCAGGUUCUGAAUGCAGCAUCAGCUCUCAGUGCUCAUUUGAUUGCUGCACUGGGGGAGGACUCUCAGUUCUCACGUCUGUUGGCCUGUAGAUCAAUAAAUUCACUUCUUAACCUGACAGGACAAAGCCUUAAUACUGAAACGCUCAACAGUAUUUACCCAGAGCUUUUAAAACAGUUAGAUGACAGCAAUGAGGAGGUGCGCAUCGAAGCUCUGAAUGCCUUGAGGAUAUGGUUUUCAUCUUUAGGCAAAGACAAUGACAUCAACGCCUAUCGCCCACAUCUACAGUUUCUUAUUCAGCAUUUGCUGUUGUACCUGGAUGACUCUGAUCAACAAAUCCAAUUGAUAACACUGGAUGUUCUAAAAGCCAGCGGUGUUGUGGACCCUGUUCUCCUAAAGCAUGAAGUUGAGGCAGUGAAAGACAAACAGCGCAGCUCUAAGUAUUGUGAUGAACUACUAAAUUACAUUCGAUCCCAGUAAUACUGGCAUAGUAUUCAGCUGUAAUGUAUUUAACAACUUUUUAAUUAAGCUUAUCUCCAAUAUCAAAUAAAUGUGUUUUAUCAAACCA